AUGGCUCUCUAUACACCGCAAAAUAAUAACAAGCUAAUCUUCGCACCGGCCAACGAUAAGACAUAUUCUCAGGCUGAUCAAUACACGAAAGGCUCACUUUCCCUCUCCCAACUCGACCCCUCAUCUCCUCUGACCCAGUUCCACACUUGGUUCAAGCACGCCCAAACAUCCGGCGUCCGCCAACCAGAAACGACAUGCUUCUCAACAGCAUCUCUGCCCUCCGGCCGAGUCUCCUCCCGCAUAGUAUACAUGAAAGAAUUGGAUCCAACAGGCUUCAUAAUCUACAGCAACUGGGGAACUUCCAAGAAAUCGAAAGAUGUAGAGACCAACAAGUGGGCGAGUUUGACAUUUUGGUGGCCGGAAGUAGAGCGGCAGGUUCGGGUUGAAGGGAUAGUGGAAAGACUCUCGGGUCAAGAAAGCCAGAUAUACUACGAUACGCGGAUUAUGGGGAGUAGGAUUGGAGCGUGGGCUAGUCAACAGAGCCAGGUUUUGGCGGGGAGGGAGGAACUCGAUGCGCGGGUGAAGGAUGUAGUGGCGAGGUUUGAGGGCGAAGAGAAGAUUCCCGUCCCUGAAUUUUGGGGGGGACUGAGGAUCAAGCCUGAAAUGGUGGAGUUUUGGCAGGGAAGAGAGAGUAGGUUGCACGAUCGGUUUCAGUACUCCAAGAAGGAGGAUGGGGAGGGGUGGAAGCUCGAGAGGCUGAGUCCUUAA